UCGCCAUCCUGUGCUAUACAGGCAUGACGACCCAUUGCUCUUCACCUCAGCUUGGAAAUCUUAUCCAACUCAGCUUAAUAGCGGUGAAUAAUCUCAUCGUAUCUGCUAUGUACAGUUGUCGCAAGAUUGGAUAGAUAUCAUUGCCACAACUGUACAAAGCAUUUCCCCAAAUCUCAUCCACCUUAAUUUAAUAUUUCUGUUUUAUAUAUUUGCUUGUAAUUUGUUAUCAAGUGUUCUUUGGUUGCGGUGAAAUCUUGAUUAUGCAGAGUCAUUGGACAACUGGAAUCAGGAAUCUGCAAUGGGAGAUGGAAACAUAAUGCAAAUUGAAAGUUCGAGCCUUCUAAUUUUGUCAGGGACGGUGCGCUCUUCUGCGUUUCUUGAAGACCAACCUGAUGAUGAACACAUAAUAAUGGAAGGAAAAGUCUGGUCUCCGGAGUGUAUCUCAAUUAAUCAAGUUGCUGCUUCUGCUGAGCUAUUUGACAUGCUGGAAUACAUAUGUCAUGUAAAUUAUCUGCCCCUGGCUCUCACAUGGAUGUCAGAUAGACAUAUUCUUCGCUUGGAGAAGAGUGCUUGCUAUCUGAAUGACUCGACAAUGGUCGAAUUUAUGGAGGCCUGUGGAGAACAGCAUCUUGAGGAAGGGAAAGGUGUAGCUGGAAAAGCACUUCAAUCAAAUAGCAUGUACUUUGUCUCUGACAUCUCUAAGCUUGAUGUGAAAGAUUAUCCAUUUAUUUUCGAAGCGUGGGAUUUUGGUCUUCGUGGUGUUGUUGCAAUCAAGCUAGAAAGCGUCUACGUGAGCAGCAUUGAUUACGUAGUAGAAUUUUUUCUCCCUCUUGAAAUGAAAGGAAUUUCAGGGCAACGUCUUUUGAUAAAUGAAAUCACAAAUAUCUUGCAAAAGAACUCCAGGAAUUCAUGGAAAGUCUGCGCUCAGGAAUUAAAUGGUUUUAAUAUGAGCUCUGAAGUUGAAGUCACGAUGGAGGAGGUUGGAACGAGUAACAUCAGACCGGCAGCUAUUUCGUUCAGCCCACCGCUAGCAUUAUCAGAAAUUGGUAGUCUGAAUUCAAGUCAAAUCAGGGAACUAUGCAAUAUUUUUAAGCCGACAGGUGAUGGAGUGGAAGUGCCAGAGGCUCAUGAUCAGGAUUUUGAGGAACAAAAUUCCGUAUUUGGACCUCAAGCUUAUCAGUUCCCAGACAGUGAUGAGCUGGUGGGCAUGGACAGUUCUCAUAUCAAUACAAGCAGAACUAGCAAACGACGACGGACAUCUGAGGUGUGGCAAUACUUUGAUGAGGUUAGAGAAGAUGGAGAAGUAUGGGCUAAAUGCAGAAGUUGUAGCACUAAAUAUCGAGGGGAAAGCACAAGGGGAACUACAAAUCUGCGCAAACACCUAAGAUCAUGUCCAGGGAAGAAAUAAGAAGGAUGAAGCAGAGCCAUCAUUUGCCUUCAAAACUUGAAAAGUUUAUACAUUUGAAGAAACGCAGUGUGUUUUAUACACUGGACUCUGCAUUGAAGUGGUGAUUGAUAAAUUCCAUCAAAUGUUUUUCAAGGAAUGAAGUCAUUGCAAUAUUUGCAGCUAGUUAAGAACUGAGAUUUCCUGAUAGUAAAGUUGCCCCUCGAUUCCUUGCC